AUGGACGGACAAGACCUCGAAACCACUGAUGUGGUUGUUUGCGGAUGUGGUCCGACAGGGGCCUUGCUGGCUGCAUAUCUCGGGCAAAUGUCUGUUUCCACUGUCGUCCUCGAGAAGGAGGCGGAUAUUACAACGGACCCUCGUGGAAUAGCAUUAGACGAGGAUGGCAUUCGCUUACUGCAAGGCGCAGAUCUCUAUGACAGUAUCUACACAGAAAUCGGAACGUGCAUGUACAACUUCAACUUCAUCAGCGGCACGCAGAAGGACCUGGAUGCGGCUCCCUUUCUCUCAAUGGACUACGGCACUACAUCUGGCGGGACAGGGCAUGUCGGCUUUAUCUGCCACAAGCAGCCGACACUGGAGAAGAACCUGCGGAGGAAACUAGAAGAUUGUUCGUUUUGUGAUCUGAGGCCACAGUCGACUGUUGUCGAGAUCGAAGAGGACGCCCACUGGACUUACUGCACUUACACCGACGCUCACGGCAAGGAGCGCCGGCUUCGAGCCAGGUUUCUGGUGGGUGCGGACGGGAAAACAGGUUUCACUCGCAAGGAGUACCUCGAGCCCAAGGGGGUUCACAUGGAAAGGGCUCAUGACUGUUUCUACGAGGAGACAUGGGUCGCCCUGAACUGGCAUAUUACUCCGCCAACCCCUGAAACCCACCCAGACUUCCCCCUAUGGCAACUCGGAUACACUCCGACCGAGGUGUACGAUCUUUUCUUCCCAGAGAACUUUCGAUUCCUCUGCAAUCCGGAGCGGCCGGCUGUAUGCGGGAGGUUUGGACUACCAGACGACCGACUCUGGAGGUUUGAAUUUGUGGUGCGCCACGGAGAGGAUCCCAACGAGAUGGCCAAGCGUGAUAUGAUAAAGAGAGUGGUGUUCCCUUACAUUACGCACCAGGGAGAUAAAUAUGGGCUGAGCCACGAAAUCCAAUUUCCUGAAGACUGCAUCCAUGUUAUACGGUCUCGUCCCUUCAGAUUUUCUGCUCGCAGCUGCAAUGUCUGGGCGAAGGACCGCGUCAUCCUGUGCGGCGAUUCUGCACACGUCUUUCCCCCUUUUGGAGGCCAGGGCAUCGCGUCGGGAUUCCGCGACGCUGCGUCCCUUGCCUGGCGUCUAGCCCUACUAUGCCGAUACCACUCGCCCGAGUCGGAGUCCUACAAAACUGUCCUGGAAUCCUGGUACCAAGAGCGAAAGCAGCAGCUGGACCAGUCUCUCGCGUCCACCAUCCGAAAUGGACAAUUCGUAACGGAAGCCCACCCGCUUAAAAUCCUCCAUCGGUCCUGGUACUAUUGGCUCGUUCAGCUGGUGCCCAGGUGGAAGCGUGAGAUGCAACUCGGCCGACGCAAGGAUGGGCUUGUCCGCUACAGCCAUCUUAGCGGCAUGCCUUUCGUUCCGGACCUUAAUGGUGGGUUAAACGUUCCCCAGGUGUAUUGUCGCGACAUGAGCGGGGAGGUGCAUUUCACAGACGACGUUAUCUUCCGGAAGCGGGACAAGGGCCUGUUUCGGAUGUUUGUAUACUUGAAGAACAGUGCAGAGAUUGGCACAGCCAGAGAAGUCUUGGACGACGUUGAAGUUUGGUCCAACGGUGAGAUUAUCGCUGACCAGACUCCCUUCAUUGUCGAGGAUGUAGCCAAGAAGGAUGGGAUCAUUCCAGGCAAAAAUCCGGUAUAUCAAGUGGCUACAGCGGAGGAGUUUGCUGCAUCCCCUCUUUGUACCCGUCGUCCAGCACCGGCCUGUUAUGAUAAAUAUCAGCUUGGGGACAGGGUUGGGGGCAGGUUCGUGAUCGUGCGACCAGACCGCUUCAUAUUUGCUGCCUGUAGGGGGAAGGAGGACUUGAGGCGAGCAAUUGAUCGAAUGUUGGAAGCUCUACAGCAUUAA